AUGUUUGAGGAUUCCCGAUCCCCGUCUGGACAUGGGGACAACCCUUGGCCUUUGCUCAACUCCACUGGGGCUGGAGGAGGUGAAGAUGGGGAGAUGGCCGUGGUCAACAAUCCAGACCGCGGGGACGAGGAAGUCAUGCGGGCUGGAGGAGGGAGGGGGGAGGGACUCAAAGGCGCAGAAAGAGGGGAGACGCUUGGAGGAUCGAUGAGACCCGGAGAGGGGCUCAAUCUAGGCUUAGAGCCAUCAGGUGCCGAGCUUUUGACACGGACCUCGACGACCAUCACGCCAAUCUGUGUAGGUACGCAGAUUGAUGCACAGCCAGACAGAGAGCCACCGCGGAGUCGAGCAUCGAUGGCACAGAAGUAUGUUGACAUGAUGCAAACCACGCCGGCUGCAACCGCAGGAAGUCACAUCCCGUAG